AUGUCUGAUAAGUUUCAAAGCAGCUACCUCACCUACGCAUCCACUCUUGUCUCAUUCGUAGUCGCAUACAGUCUUUGGUCCAUCGCGCAAUGGAGAACUCGCAGUCGAGGCCGUCCCCUCCCUCCCGGACCGAAACCUCUCCCGGUCCUCGGCAAUAUGUUCGAUGUGCCUCGGUCCAGACAAUGGAUAAGCUAUCGAGACCUUAGUCGUGUUUAUGGGGACAUCUUACACUUUCGCAUCUUCACAAAGUCUUACGUCGUACUCAACAGUGCCGAGGCGAUGUACGAGUUGCUUGACAAACGAACCGCCAAUACCUCUGAUCGCGUGCAGACACCCAUGAUCGAGUUAUCGGGAUCUAGUCUCAACUUGGGCUUCAUGCCUUACGGUCAGUGGUGGCGCCGCCAUAGACGCUAUUUCUGGCAGCACUUUCGUCCAGAGGCCAUCGGACCGUAUAGGCAGACGCAGCAGUCCGCCGCCCAUAUGUUCUUGCAGAAGCUGUGCGACAACCCAUCAGAUCUGAGAAAGCUAAUUCACUUUUCCUUCGCAGCCAGCAUACUCAAGCUUACGUACAACAUCGACAUAGCAGAUGAAAACGACCCUUUCAUCGGCAUGGUUGAGGCUACGUUCGAAGGCGUCAACGAGGGUUUGCCGCCCGGCAAAUUCCUUGUUGAGUUCAUACACUUCCUACGCCAUGUUCAGCCUUGGAUUCCAGGUAUGCGGUCGCCGAAACUUUGGGCAAAAUGGCAAAGUUCAGCGCAAACGAUGGUCAACGCACCGUUCAUGUAUACCAAGGCGCAGAUGGACCAAGGGAAAGCGUCUCAUUCCAUUGUCGCAAACCUAUUAUCACGGCUCCCGCAAACCGAAGACGUCCUGCCAGAAGAUGAGGAGAUCAUCAAAGGCGUGGGCAUGGUCACCUUCGAAGGCGGCACGGACACGGUCUUUUCCACCCUGCAGGCAGUCUUCUUGGCUAUGUCUCUCCAUCCUGAAGUCUUACGGAAAGCCCACGCCGAACUUGAUACCAUUGUUGGCCCGGACCGUCUCCCGGACUUCAGUGACAGAGACUCUCUAGUCUACAUCAACGCUCUCAUCCGGGAGGCCAUGCGAUGGCAUGUCGUUCUUCCCCUAAGCCUACCUCAUGCGACCAUCAAGGAUGACGAAUUCAACGGUUAUUUCAUUCCCGCUGGUACUGUCAUUCUACCCGCGACUUGGGCUUGUAUGCAGGACCCCGCUGUAUUCGAGAAUCCGGACGGGUUCCGCCCCGAGCGUUUCAUUCGCAACGGGCAGCUCGACGUGACUGUUCGGGAUCCGGCCGCCUUCAUCUUUGGCUAUGGGAGACGGAUGUGUCCUGGGCGUUAUUUCGCCGAGGCUGCAUUGUUCAUCACAGUUGCAUCGGCGCUUCAUGUCUUCAACAUCACCCCGCCUCUGGGCGGGGAUGGGAAGCCGAUCAAGGUCGAACACAAGAUGACAGACGGGACUGUUUCGUACCCCGAAGAUGUGCGCUGCACCGUUCGGCCCAGGUCCCCCGCCGCAGAAGCGCUUAUACGCUGCUAUGCCUCUGAGGCGCGUGCGGCCAAGGAGCACUAG